CGCAGCGCGUUCGUGCGCGGAGUUCAUUCUAUGCUCGGGGAGCGCGCUCUCGUCUUCGGGACCCGUCCAAACGGUGCACAACACACUUUGCACAACCCGACAACUCGCCGGCUCUAUUGGAACGGCACAUUGUGUUGAUCCAGGAUGCGGACGAACUGUUGCCUCUGCGCUCCUCCGCACUUUGGAUGAGGACGCCGGACAAGGACACCACGUCGCUGCUGCUGCUGCUGCUGCGGAGGCUGAUGCCUACUGACCGGUCGCCCUUUUCACUUUGGAUUCUUACCCUUGCACGUAUCUGGACGUCCAUCCUUUUUUGAACAAAGGUGACUCACUGUUCGCUGAAGGCGAGCCUCCGCAUCCUAAUCACACAGCAGGGAGGACUUCAUCCCAUUGACAUCAUAGACUUUUUGGAAGCCUUUUUAAUUCAUGUAUUUAUUGACAUUGCGGUGCACUGUAGGCUCCAACAAAAAGGGAUUCACACUUCAAACUCUCCCAAACCCAUUUAGAAACUGACUUUGGAUCUUUACAUUUUUUCCUUCCUGCUUUGGGGAGUAUUACAUCAAUUCGCAUUGGUGGUAUCAGUUUUUGGUUCACAAUGAGCAUUCAAUUUGGAGAGUGCAUCAUGAUUAUUGCUCAGAUGAGUCCGAGCGCUGCGCGGAAUUUGAAUUAGGCGUUCAGCACCACAGAUUGCUGGGAGAGGCAGAGGAGGAGUGCAACAGAUCAAACACAUUCUACUGAGACAAAUGUCAAGACUCCACACGAUGAACAGGACUCUUCAUUUGAUCCGAAGAAUUCAUAACCAGAUUUAACAAAAUAUCAACAGGUCAAAGGCAUAAGAGAGACACUGCAGCUUUUUGCCACGACUACAGAGCGGGGAUGUAUCUUUCCAUUUUCUUUUUCCUCCUCUUAUGGGCUCGAGCCCUGACAUUGAAAAACUUGAAUUACUCCGUCCCAGAGGAACAAGGUCCGGGAACAGUGAUUGGAAAUAUUGCCAAAGAUGCCAGACUUGGACUGGAACAGAUUGGGCAGGGCGGGCAGGGAAAGAAAGCCAACUUCAGGGUGUUGGAGAAUUCGGCACCGCAUCUCAUCGAUGUUGACCCUCAGAGUGGACUACUCUAUACGAAGCAACGCAUUGACAGAGAAACAUUGUGUAAGAGGAACCCCAAGUGCCAGCUCUCCAUGGAGGUGUUUGCCAAUGACAAGGAGAUCUGCAUGAUUAAAAUAGACAUCCAAGAUAUUAAUGACAACUCGCCCGCUUUCCCUUCGGAUCAGAUAGACAUUGACAUUUCUGAAAAUGCAGUUCCAGGUACGCGCUUUCCUUUGACCAGUGCACAUGAUCCAGAUGCUGGGGAAAACGGUCUGAAAACCUAUCAGAUAACACGUGACGACUACAAUCUCUUUUCCUUGGAGGUAAAAUCCCGUGGGGAUGGAACCAAGUUCCCAGAAUUGGUUAUUCAAAGACCACUGGACCGGGAAGAAAGAAACCAUCACACUCUCAUAUUGUCAGCCACCGACGGUGGGGAAUAUCCCAGGUCGGGUACCAUGCAGAUAAAUGUUAAAGUUAUUGAUUCAAAUGACAACAGCCCCGUGUUUGACCAGCCCUCCUACGUUGUGGAAAUUCCCGAAAAUUCCCCUCCUGGUAAAGUCCUGAUCGAUUUAAACGCCACGGAUCCCGAUGAGGGCAACAAUGGACAAGUCGUCUAUUCUUUUAGUGGCUAUGCCCCAGAGAGAAUCCGAGAGCUGUUCUCAAUAGAUUCCAGAACAGGGGUCAUAAAGAUUCAGGGUGAAAUAGACUACGAGGAGAGCCCAGUUAUUGAGAUUGACGUCCAGGCAAAGGACCUCGGACCCAAUCCGAUCCCUGGCCAUUGUAAAGUCACGGUUAAAGUGUUAGACAGGAAUGAUAACUGGCCCUCCAUCGGCUUUGUCUCCGUAAGACAGGGAGCCAUCAGUGAAGCAGCACCUCCAGGUACUGUCAUUGCGCUGGUUCGCGUCACAGAUAAGGACUCUGGCCGGAAUGGGCAGCUUCAAUGCAGAGUUCUGGGAAACGUCCCUUUUAAACUGGAGGAGAACUAUGAUAACUUUUACACUGUGGUGACAGACCGGCCGUUGGACAGAGAGACCCAAGAUGAAUAUAAUGUUACCAUUGUGGCCAAAGACAAUGGGAUCCCCCCCUUAAACUCUACCAAGUCAUUCACUGUAAAGAUUCUGGAUGAGAAUGACAACGUGCCCCGCUUCACCAAGGCAGUUUACCUCCUCCAGAUACCAGAGAACAACAUUCCGGGGGAGUUCUUGGGUUCGGUUCUCGCUCAUGAUCCAGAUCUAGGCCAGAACGGCACAGUGUACUACAGCAUUAUGAACUCCAACGUGAGUGGAGGCGAUGUCAACACGUAUGUAAAUGUGAACGCUGCCAACGGAGCCAUAUAUGCAGUGAGGUCGUUCAACUAUGAGCAAAUUAAAUAUUUCGAUUUCAAGGUUCUUGCCCGUGACGCUGGAUCGCCCCACCUGGAAAGCAACACGACCGUGCGCAUCAGUGUUCUGGAUGUCAAUGACAACAUACCGGUCAUCGUUUUACCCCUUCUCCAAAAUGAUACGGCCGAAAUCCACGUACCACGGAAUGUCGGCGUCGGCUACAUUGUCACCACGGUUAGAGCGGUGGACAAUGACUACGGUGAGAGCGGGAGGCUCACUUAUGAGAUUUCAGACGGAAACGAAGAGCAUCUUUUUGACAUCGAUCCGGUGACCGGCGAAGUGCGAACGGCCCACCCUUUCUGGGACAAUGUCAGUCCCGUCGUCGAGCUGAUUAUCCGCGUAUCGGACCACGGCAAGCCAACCCUUACCACUGCCGCCCGGCUUCUCAUCAAGGCCUCCAACGGACAGCCAGCCGACGGACUGCUGCAUGUCGACGACAAUCAGAACUGGGACAUGUCGUUGCCUCUCAUUGUAACUCUCAGCAUCAUAUCAAUCAUGCUUCUGGCCGCCAUGGUCACCAUAGCGGUCAAGUGCAAGAGGGAAAACAAGGAGAUACGAACCUAUAACUGUCGCAUUGCAGAAUAUUCCCAUCCACAGCUGGGGAAAGGCAAGAAAAAGAAGAUUAACAAGAACGACAUCAUGCUGGUGCAAAGCGAGGUGGAGGAGCGGGAUGCCAUGAAUGUGAUGAAUGUGGUAAGCAGUCCUUCCUUGGCCACCUCUCCCAUGUACUUUGACUAUCAGACACGCCUGCCACUCAGCUCACCAAGAUCAGAGGUCAUGUACCUUAAGCCCACUUCCAAUAACCUCAGCGUGCCCCAAGGCCACGUGGGAUGCCACACCAGCUUCACAAGCCCAGUCACCAGCACUACAGACACACCUACUAACCGCAUGUCCAUCAUACAGACGGACAGCUUCCCCACGGAGCCUAAUUACAUGGGAAGCAGACAACAAUUUGUUCAAAGUAGUUCCACAUUCAAAGACCCGGAGCGAGCCAGUCUCAGAGACAGCGGCCAUGGUGACAGCGACCAAGCUGACAGCGACCAAGACACCAACAAAGGCUCCUGCUGUGAUAUGUCUGCAAAAGAAGCGCUUAAAUUGAAGGCUACAGGUGUUCGACCGCCUCCGUUGGAACAAGAUGAGGACUGUUUGAAUUGCACCGAGGAAUGCCGAGUGCUGGGCCAUUCUGACCGCUGCUGGAUGCCACAGUUCCCCGCCGGUGGAAACCAGGCUGAGGGUGUCGAUUACCGCAGCAACGUAUUUGUGCCAGCGGGGAUGGAGAGCGCGCCAGAGACGGAGACCUAUGAAACCGUCAACUCCAACGGCAAAAAAACCUUCUGUACAUUUGGCAAGGAGCGCCGCGACCACACCAUCCUCAUCGCAAACGUCAAGCCCUACUUGAAGGCAAAACGGGCCCUCAGCCCGUUGCUCCAGGAGGUGCCCUCGGCAUCAAGCAGCCCAGUCAAGGGCUGCUCCAACCCAUGCUCCUCCGUUAAGAGUCCGGCAGACGGGGCUGAAGGCAAACCUCCUCUGGCCACCUGCUCCGGCUAUUACGGACCUCCCGACGGCCAGUACCUGUCACCCACCAAACAAAACAGGGAGCAAGGGGGUUACCCGCCAUUGCCUCCUUCAGACCCGGUGGCCAAGGUGCUCGCCGAGGCCCGGUCCAGAAUCAGUCAAGAGAGCAGAGGAGAAAUGGCGCGCGUGGUGGAGCAGGUGGAACCAGAAGUGAGCCGUGAUGGAAUGGAUGCCGACCAGGUGGUGAGAGACAUUGACAAGCUUUUGCAAGACUGCAGAGGGAGCGAGGCCGCCGGCACAUUGAGGAAGUGAAAGGAAAGGACCUUGAGUGUGGAAUAAGAGUCGAUUCCAAAAACUCACAUGCCAAAACUGUCACCAAAAGUAAUACAAACAUUCAAUUUCAAACGAGCUUUUGUCACGGUUUGCAAAAGUACCAACGCUGAAGUGACGAUGAGAACAUUCCUUAUGAGUCCUUUGGCAGCAGUUCAAAUGUGAAAAUCCCUGCCAAGAAUUAAAAAAAAAUUUAAAAAUACCCGGGGGCGUGUGGGAUGCUCCCGGUGUUUUGGAUUUUCAAGAAAACAGCAGCGGAUUGAGCCUCUGGCACCUCGCGGGAUAUUAUCUAAGUGCCCACCAGCUCAUGAGUUUGUUUUUCUGAGUCUCUCGUGAAAGCCCACAUCCGUUUGUGCAGGGUGAAUUUAUUUUUGGUGUGACGGGAAAAGAAAAGACUCGCCAAGGUCAGACAUGACAAUCGAUGUGAUGACAACAAAUGGAUUCUAUCGGGACAGUAUCUGGCCUAAAUGCACCAAAUAAUCUUCCGUUUUGGUGACUUUAAUGUGGGUGUUUACCUUGAUGGAUUAUGUGUGUGAACGUGAAGGGAUUGGUAAUCAGGGCUUUGAUAGAAGGAUUGGGAUCUUUUUUUGAAGUGGUCAGGAUUAGAGGGCACUAAUGCUCCACUGAGCGAGAAUUUUCGAAGGAGCCAUGUUUUGUAGCCACGUGUAAGCUGUGUCUGUCUCACGCUUCUAUUCAAACAUUCAUGAUGAUCGUCGCACGCAGGCACGCACGCACGCACCACUUCUACAAGCACCACAUACACGACACAACUGGCCCACCUGUGUAAUUGUCGUAUACAUCAUCAGCUUUCGGUCCCUUGUGUACAGUGAAUUUCCGUGUGUGUGGCAACGCCUUAAGGCAAUCACAGGUUGUAUUAAAAAGGAACAUUUUCCCUCAACUGUGAAAAAAAAGAUCUAUAUGAUUAUAUAGAUGCCUAUAUGUAAGAUUCCAUGUAUAAUGUCCUAAUAAUAAUGAAAUAUUUAUACAUUUUUUUUUAUAUUUAAGGAAAAUAACAAAAUCUCAGCAAAAAGUGUCCUUGAGUUAAGGCCAAGAGUGGCGGAAGAACUCAACUACUGAAGGACAUUGCUUUUCUUUUCAUGGCGAAUAUUGGAAAAUAAUGAAGAAAAUGUCCCUUCACACCAUCACUAUACAUACUAUCCAUUUUAUGUGUAAAUGUAUUCAUGUUAGAUGUGUCAAGAUAAAAAAAAAAAGACAUUUUUAUUCAUUUUAUUCCGACUUCUGUGCAUUUGAGCCAAAUUGUUACGUGUACAAAAGCUAUAUUGUGUAUUUUAUUAAAUUAAUAUAUAGUUGUGUUGCAAUAUAAAUGGGCUUAUAUUGUAUUUGGCAAAAGUUGCCUUAGUAGCUGUCGAACUCUGUGAGUUUGCUUUAGUUUGGGAUUUUGUUUAAUUUUCCUCCCUUUUUUCUGUAUUUCUGCCGAGAGGCUUCAGUGCUUUUGGGAUGUUUUCACUGAGAUUCAACUCACAAAAUAACUGUGGGACGCUAAAUGAGCCAGCCAGAUGAUUACAACACAACUCCAAAAAACACUGACAACAAUACCAUUUUAAAAAAAAAAGACCACAAAAUAACUAUUGGGGUAUUUUCACAGAGUCGUUUUUUUUAACCGGGCAGCUAUUUUCUUUAACAGGAGCUUGUACGCAUAUUUUCGUGUUCAUGUUUGUGUUUCCCAAAAAAAGAGAAACCUGCCAUAUGGAAAAUGGAGUGAUUUUCUUCGUGAUCUUCAAACUGCCUUACUGUCUCAGCAGAGAGCUUCCAUGAUCUUUGGAGCUUAUGACUGCUAACGAGACCCCCGGUCCACCAGAAUGUGCAUUUUCUAUAAAGGGCCCAAAGGAGGUCCCCCUUCAGCACUCCCUGUUAUUUAUCUAUGUACUCCUUCUCAACACGGGCUAGAAUACUCCUAGAAAGUGGACAUCUGAAAUUCUAUCGAACUUGGGUGUCUUAGUUAUUUAGGUACACCGUACAGUAGUGGAAUCACACUGAGGCUUUCUUAAAAUAUUGACAGACAUUUAUUUUUUCAAAUCUUGGCAAAUUUUGGCCACGCUGUGAAAUAAUUACGAGAGGUGCUUUUUCUAAUCAUUGACGGUUAAAUGGGUUUUCACCACGAAUCCACGUAGGAUGAUUCAUCCAUGAGAGGGAACGGCGACUUCCUGUCCUGUAUAUUAUUAUUUUUGCUCCCGAUGGGUUCUAUUGGGGAAUUUUGACAGCAAGAAUAAUACAUUCCAUCCUCCAUGACCAACCGAGUAUAUUUCUGUUUAAUGAAGUUUCUGGUGUCACUCUACCUUUCCUCACAUUGCGUAUUUCUCUUAUUCCCCCAUCCUGUGUUUUCUCACCAAUAAAUAAGAAUUGCAUUUGAAAGAC